AUGGCGACCCCUGACGUAGCGGAGAAGAAGGUGAAGUUGGAGCCGCAGAUAAAAUCCGUCGACAUGAGCGAGGACAUGCAACAAGAAGCAAUUGAAGUUGCUCAAGAAGCAAUGGAGAAGUACACGGUCGAAAAGGACAUUGCGCAACACAUUAAGCGAGAGUUUGAUGCGAAGAAAGGCGCUACGUGGCAUUGCAUCGUAGGCAGAAACUUUGGCAGCUUUGUGACUCAUGAAACGAAGCAUUUCAUCUACUUCUACCUUGGCCAUGUUGCGAUUUUGUUGUUCAAGACCCAGUGA